AUUUUGUGUUCAAUUACUCAAAUUUGCAGGAAAACAUCACUUAGUUAUAAAAUUGGCCAUUAGAUUUGCCACAUUUUCACGAAAGCCGGUAUUUUAGCUUGUAAGGCUAGGACGUUAUAGACUAAAAUCAAGAAAUAAAUCGUGUUUAUACUGGACGUAACCUAUAUAGAUUUUAUUUGACCCUGACACGUAUGAAAAAGCCUUAAUGUUGGAUUAUUUACAUUGCAAACAUGAUGCUGGAGUUGUAGUUGUAGACUGAUUUGAUCACUGCAUCCAGACAGUAAUGUCUGGCUAUUUGCGUUCAAGACUCCUCCUUUACACUAGUGGAAAACAUCUGACCAGUUUCUUUGCACCCAGCCAUCAUGUUUUAUCUGAUAAACGGUGUAGAACCUGCUGCCCACAUCCUUCUCAAGCCCGGAGCUUCUCUUCCCGUCGUGGUCGAUCGGAUGGAAGAUCAGGACAGGAAGGAGAAAACACACUGCAUGCUCCAAGACGUGAAGUAGACUUCCAGCUGAGCCGGCUGCAGAUCAACACAGUUCUGCGUGCUAAUGAGCAGGCCGUUUGUAUUCCAGAGUUUGAUGGCCGUAGUGGUCCCAGUCCAGUGCUGAGGUUUGAAAGUAACCAGCUUUCAGCCAAUACUCCACUAGAGGACCGGCGCAGCAGUGCCAGCUGCCUCCAGACUCGUGGCUUGCUUUUUGGCGUGUUUGAUGGACACGGUGGACAUGCAUGCGCUCAAGUGGUCAGCGAGCGUCUGCCUUAUUACAUUGCUGUAUCGAUGAUGUCAGAGUCCGUCCUGGAGGAUCUAGAGGCUGCCAUGGAGACCUUACGACCCGUGCCGCCCAUUCUACAGUGGUACAAGCACCGUAAUGACUACAACUACAGGGAAUCAUCAGCCCUCUAUGUUGAUCAUUUACGUGUUUACUGGCAGGAGCUUCUGUCGAGUGAAGAACAUGGAGAUGGCAUGCGUCCCGCAGAUGCUCUCAUCUAUGCAUUCCAACGACUGGACACAGAUCUUUCUCUUGAGGCACAGGUGCCGCUCGCAAAUGACCUGAUGCGGAACACAGCCAUCCAGGCCGCCUUCGCUGGAUGCACGGCUUGUGUGGCUCACAUUGGACCAGAAGGUGUGCAUGUUGCAAAUGCAGGAGACUGUCGGGCAGUUUUGGGCGUCCAGGAGCAUGAUGGGAGCUGGAGUGCUUUGCCACUCACACAAGACCACAACGCUGCCAAUGUAGCCGAGGUGGAGCGUAUAUGGCAGCAGCAUCCGGCUAGUGAACGGCAUUCUGUAAUCGUAGACGACAGGUUGCUCGGGGUCCUGAUGCCGUUACGUGCGUUUGGAGACGUUCGCUUCAAAUGGAGUCGUGAGCUGCAGCAGAGUGUUCUGGAGAAUGGAGACUCUGAUUCAGAAGCACUGAAUCUUUAUCAAUACGCUCCACCUAAUUAUCUCACUCCACCUUAUUUAGAGGCGACGCCAGAAGUCACCUACCACCGGCUUCGACCCCAGGACCGGUUUUUGAUUUUGGCUUCUGAUGGGCUCUGGGACGAGAUGACCAGUGAUGAGGCGGUCAGGCUUGUGGCAGAACAUCUGACUGGUAUUCAUCUGCAAGCUCCAGUUUCGGCCAGCCAGCUCAACUUGGGACAAAUGCACCAGCUGCUGCUGCAGCGACGGGCCAGAGCAACACCCGCUUUGGAUUUGAACGGAGCCACACAUUUGAUUCGCCAUGCACUGGGCACAAAUGAGUAUGCAGAGAUGGACCAGGAGAGACUGGCAACCAUGCUGGCUCUGCCUAGCGAUUUAGCACGCAUGUACCGAGAUGACAUCACUGUCACCGUGAUUUAUUUUAACCCUAAUUUUAGCAAAACCACAAACUAAUAAGUUCCUUACUGUCUUUUAUAUUGUUGCGUAUACUUAAAAAUGUCUACAGGUGACGUUAAUUUGAGUUUGCAACAGAUGCUUGCAUUUUUUUAAGGAAAAUGUGAAUGCAGACAAUGGUUUGAGUUCAGUGACUCUAAAUGACACUUUAUGGGUUACAAAUGUGAAGGUAAAGUCUUAAUCUGUUUAUGUAGUUCUUUCAACAGAUAGAACUAACAUGCAAAUAAAAAAAGUGUCUAUAUCA